CUCCGCAACCAACGCAACCACUCUCUUUUCUUGCACUCACUCCCACGUUUUCACCUUCAUCUGCAAGAAGAAAGUGACUCUCUUCUCUGAUUGCUUCACUGCUUCAUCGAUCAUGUCAGGGGUGAAGUUGGUUGCAUAUGUUCAUUUUUGGUUAUUGAAUGGAUAACACUAGUGUUCUGCUGCGAUUUUUAUGAUAUAUAUUGAUUAAGAGAAUAUUUCCUGGAUGGGGGGAGCGUGUUCUAGGAAGCAAGAGCGGGAUAAUGAAGAUAAUCAUGGUAGAGGACUUUCACUAAGAUGCUGCAAAUGUGGGAGUUCGAAAUGGUGGACAUCCUCGUUUUCUUAUCCAUCUGUAGAUUUUCAUUUGCGAAAAGGGGAAUGUCCAUCACUGUUGGACUUGUGCAUCCAGAAAAUAAAUGAGGAUAUUGAUAAAUAUAACACAUUUUCUAUGCUGCCGCGGGAUAUAAGUCAGCAAAUUAUUAAUAAAUUGGUUUACUCCCAACGUCUAACUGGUGCUUCCCUUGAAGCUUUUCGAGAUUGUGCUCUCCAGGAUCUUUACUUGGGAGAAUAUGCUGGUGUUAAUGAUACCUGGAUGGAUGUCAUCUCGUCACAGGGUUCAUCUUUACUCUCUGUAGAUCUUUCUGGGUCUGAUGUCACAGAUUUUGGGCUGACUUACCUUAAAGAUUGUGAAAGUCUUAUUUCCUUAAAUCUAAAUCAUUGUGACCAGAUUUCGGACCAUGGACUGGAGAGCAUCAGUGGUCUGUCAAACUUGACAAGUUUAAGUUUUAGAAGAAAUGAUUCAAUAUCUGCUCAAGGGAUGAGUACAUUUUCUGGUCUUGUUAACUUGGUCAAGUUGGAUUUAGAGAGAUGUCCUGGGAUUCAUGGAGGCCUUGUUCAUCUUCAAGGUUUAAUCAAGUUGGAGUCUCUCAAUUUGAAGUGGUGUAAUUGCAUAACAGAUUCUGAUAUAAAGCCUCUAUCAGAGCUGGCAAGCUUAAAAAGUCUAGAGAUUUCUUGCAGUAAAGUCACCGAUUUUGGCAUCAGUUUUUUGAAAGGAUUACAAAAGCUUGCCCUAUUAAAUUUGGAAGGGUGCCUUGUAACAGCUGCAUGCUUGGAUUCUCUUGCAGAGCUUCCAGCCCUGUCGAACUUGAAUCUUAAUAGAUGUAAUCUUUCUGACAAUGGAUGUGAAAAGUUUUCACGACUGGAAAACGUGAAAGUAUUAAACUUGGGAUUUAGUGACAUAACAGAUGCAUGUUUAGCUCACUUGAAAGGAUUGACAAAGUUGGAGAGCUUGAACCUUGAUUCAUGUAGGGUUGGUGAUGAGGGAUUGGUCAACCUGGCAGGCCAUAAGCAAUUGAAAUGCUUGGAAUUGUCCGAUACGGAAGUUGGAAGCAGUGGGCUACACCAUUUGUCUGGAUUGUCUAGUCUGGAGAAAAUAAAUCUGUCAUUCACCAUGGUUAGUGAUAACGGUUUAAGGAAAUUGUGUGGACUCUCAUCUCUGAAAUCACUUAAUUUGGAUGCCUACCAAAUUACUGAUGCUGGACUGGCAACCCUUACAAGUUUGACUGGCCUCACUGACCUGGAUUUGUUUGGUGCACGAAUCACGGAUUUUGGGACAAACUAUUUGAAAAAAUUUAAGAACCUGAGGUCAUUGGAAAUAUGCGGUGGAGGAUUGACUGAUGCUGGUGUGAAAAAUAUCAAAGAGCUUUCUUCUCUGAUGUGCUUAAAUUUAUCACAAAACUGCAACCUUACGGACAAAACCCUGGAGUUAAUUUCUGGGCUUACUGGGUUGAUUUCUUUGAAUGUUUCCAAUUCUCGUAUCACCAAUUCUGGAUUGCAGCAUUUGAAAACACUCAAGAACUUGAGAUCUCUGACAUUGGAGUCCUGCAAGGUGACAGCAAAUGACAUUAAGAGACUUCAAUCAACAUACCUCCCGAAUCUGGUAAGCUUUCGGCCAGAAUAGUUAGGGCGGUAUUUUAAUCUGUAUAUAUAUAAGUCGUACUGACAUAUGUUCGAGAAGCAUGGAAAGACAACCUCAAACUGUAUAUAGGCUAAUGACUUUAUGGAAGGUGUAAAUUGCCUCCUUGUGGUGCGAAGCUUUCUUUUAUUUUGUUAGUGUAUAUGAUGUAAAAGAUUGAUGCUACGGUGUGUUUGCUUCGCCUUCAAAAUUUAAAGGUAAAAAAUUGGCGAAUAACUCUUUAUUGAGCAGAUGUUA